AUGUCUUCUGGAGGAAAAAUCAUAUUAAAUGAUGGCAAUACCAUGCCUGCCUUUGGUUUAGGAACUUGGCAAUCAAAGCCCAAGGAGGUCUAUACUGCUGUUUUAACAGCUCUUCAAGCUGGAUAUCGACAUAUUGAUACAGCCUUUGUUUAUCGCAAUGAAAAAGAAGUAGGCCAAGCUAUCAAAGAUAGUGGUAUCGCACGUCAAGAGUUGUUCAUUACCACUAAAUUAUGGAACAACAGCCAUAGACCUGACCUCGUCGAAAAGGCACUUGAAGUUUCUCUUGCCAAUCUUCAAUUGGAUUACCUUGAUUUGUAUUUAAUGCACUGGCCUGUUGCUUUUCAACCAUCCAAAUCAAACUUUCCCAAGACAGAGGAUGGAAAGAUUGCAUUGGAUUCAACUAGUUUUGUGGACACAUAUGCUGCUAUGGAGAAGCUGGUUGUGUCUGGUAAAACUAGAUCGAUUGGUGUCAGUAACUUCAACAUUUACAAUUUGGAUAAGCUUUUGAAGAAUUGCAAGAUCCCUCCAGCUGUCAAUCAGGUUGAAAUGCACCCUUACUUAUCACAGCCUGAUCUGAUUGCAUUCUGCCAAAAGAAUAAUGUGCAUAUUACUGCUUAUUCGCCUUUGGGAAGCACUGAUUCCCCUGUAAUGCAAGAACCUGUCGUGCUCAAUAUUGCUAAAAAGCACAAUGCAUCUCCUGCUCAGGUGUUGUUGGCUUGGGGUUUACAAAGAGGAUGUUCUGUGAUUCCCAAAUCAGUUACUCCUUCUCGCAUCAUCUCCAACUUUCAAGUGAUUCAACUUGAUCAAGCAGAAUUUGCUUCUCUAGAAGAAUUAACCAAAAGCAAGCAAGGAAAGCGCUUGUUGGAUCCUUCGCCCUUCUGGGGUGUUGAUAUUUACAAAUCCAAAUUAUAA